GAAGAACAACAAUAUGGUACUGAAGUAGAUAUAUGGUCUCUUGGAAUAACAUGUAUUGAACUAGCAGAAAUGAAGCCUCCUUUAUGGAGUAAUAGUUCAGUAAGUGUCUUCUGUCACAUAGUCGGAAAUGAAUCCCCUACACUACAGUCUACUGAAUGGUCUUAUGAUUUUCGACACUUUGUAGAUUCUUGCCUCCAGAAAAUCCCUCAAGAUCGCCCUACAUCACAGAAACUUUUAAAGCACAUGUUUGUUCUUCGGGAGUGCCCUGAAACAGUGUUAAUAGAUCUAAUUCAAAGAACAAAGGUGCUUUCCCAGGAGGCUCAUAAUGGACCAGCAGUAGAAUCACAGGAAGAAGAGGAACUAGAUUACUGUGUUGGAUGGAAAGGGACAGUGAAUAGCGUUGAAAGUCAUCAGGCUGUUCCCAGUAUGUCCAGCGGGGCCAGUAGUCAAAGCACUAGUGUCAGCAGUUUUCCAGAUGCCUCAGAUGAUGAGAGCGAGCUAGACAUGAUGGAGGGAAACCACACAGUCACACCUAGUAGUUCUGUCAUCCAUUUAAAACCUGUUACAAGGCAAAUACAAGAACAGGAGCCUAGAGAACAAAUGUUUUGUUACAUCGAAAUGAGGCGGCAACAUCGAAGAAAGCUGGUGACUCUGGAAAACAAGCUAAAGGCUGAGAUGGAUGAACAUCGUUUCAGAUUAGAAAAAGAUUUUGAAACUCAGUGUAACAACUUUGUGGCGGAAAUGGCGAAACUUAUCAAGAAACAUCAGGCUGCUCUGGAAAAAGAGGCUGAAGUGAUGCCCAAAGAGGAGGAAAAAUUUAAGCAACAUCUACAGGCCCAGCAGAAGAAAGAACUGAACAGCUUUCUGAAGUCCCAGAAGAGAGAAUAUAAACUUCAGAAGGAACAGCUUAAGAAGGCGCUGAAUGAAAGCCAGAGCGCCCCAAGGAAAGAAAAACAGGAAUGGCUGUCAAAGCAGAUAGAGAACAUCCAGCAUCUCCAAGCCGCGGAAAAGACUGAUCUUCUUCAACAUCAGAGACAGUGCCUAGGGCUGCAAUGCCGUCGCUUCCAAAGAAAGAUAUUCCUUGGGCGCUGUAACUUGGAGUAGGACCUUGUCAUGGAGGAGUUAAAUAAGAGGCAGACUCAAAUGGACUUGGAGCAUGCAACGCUACUGCGUCAUCAUGAAUCCAUGCAAGAACUGGAGUUCCGCCAGCUCAACACAAGGCAGAAGAUGCGCUCUGAGCUGAUCAGACUGCAGCAUCAAGCCGAGCUCACUAACCAGCUGGAGCAUAAUAAACGGAGAGAACAAGGACUAAGGCGAAAGCAUGCCAUGGAGGUUCAACAACAGUCUAAGAGUCUGAAGUCUAAAAAGCUCCAAAUCAAAAAGCAGUUCCAGGACACCUGCAAAAUCCAAUCCAGACAGUACAAAGCUUUAAGAAAUCACUUACAGGAAUCUACACCAAAGAGUGAGCGCAAAGCUGUUCUGAAACGGCUUAAGGAGGAGCAGACCCGGAAGUUAGCCAUCUUAGCUGAGCAGUGUGACCACAGCAUUCGUGAAAUGCUCUCCACACAAGCCCUGCGUUUGGAUGAAGCACAGGAGGCAGAGUGCCAGGUUUUGAAAAUGCAGCUGCAGCAGGAACUGGAGCUGUUGAAUUCAUAUCAGAGCAAAAUCAAGCUGCAGGCUGAGGCACAAGAUGAUCGAGAGCUUCAGGAGCUUGAACAGAGGGUCUCCUACCGCAGGGCACUCAUUGAACAACAGAUAGAAGAAGAGGUACUGACAUUUCAGAAUGAAUCUACGGAACGAAUACAAAGCCUGCUGGAGCGUCGAGCAACACAAAUGAAAGCUUUCCAGUCCGAAAGCGAGAGACUAGGUUUUAGUAACCUUGCCCCUGACGCAUUCAGCCACAGAUCCUCCAGAGCUUCUGAUUUGCCUCACAAUCCAACUGGGGGUCCAGGACCUCACUCGGGGCAUCCCAUAGGUGGCCCACCACAAGCCUGCGGCCAUCCAAUGUAAGGUGGGCCCCCAGUCAUGGAGGUCACCAUUCCACGCCAAUGCAUUGGGUACCCCGAGGUAGCAGUAUGGGAGUUGGCAAUAGCCCUCAGGCUCUGAGGCGGACAGCUGCCGGGGGACGGACCGAACAGGGCAUGAGCAGAAGCACGAGCGUCACUUCACAAACAUCCAGUGGGUCACACAUGUCUUACACGUAACUUAAUAACUGAGAAUGGCAAUUCCGCUGAGCUGGCCGCCACUACAGACAUCACCCCAGCAGCCUCCUCACUUGGCUAAUACCGUGUGGAAGCUGAGUGCAUGUGGUAUAUUUUACUCAUUUUUGUAAAGCGUUUUGUUUUGUGUUUACUAAUUGGGAUGUCAUAGUAUUUAGCUGUUGGGUUUUGUGUUUGUUGUUUUUAACUUUUGGGGAAAUUUUAUGAAAAGGGGAAUUGAUGUGUAUGUGUAUUUAUCAAAUAUGCAGACACACACACACACACACACACACACACACACACACA